AAGAUCAACACCUUUAUUUCAUCUGAAGAUCGUGUCGCUACUACGCCGGUCUUUGUGGAUCUUUCGUGGUUCUUUACUUGAGCCGGAAAAGUGUGCUGACGAAGAAUCUUUUUUUCACCUCGGCUGGUAAAAGAAAGGUCUUCGUGAUUAUUUUGAUUUUUAACACUUGAAAAUUGUCUUUUCUAAGAUAAGGUAGGCACUACGAUUUUGGUGUCGAAUGUGAAACAAGUUGUAAACAAGAAGUCCUGAACAAAGCCUCACCCCCUCAUCAACCGGUGUUAUUGUCAAGCCCCACGCUGAUUUGUACCCUCCUCGAAGAAAAGAGAGAACAUCAUGAACGCUUUUUGAAGUCCCCGCUUCUGCACCUUGUGUUUGUGCGAAGAUGCUGUCUUUCUCUUCCCACCGAUCUACCACUUCCCUACGACCAAGGAGCAGUCGGUGACUACGGACCUUCCGACCGCUUGCCUAUCCUUGUAUCCCCUUGAAGAAUCAAAACCUAGUACAUACCGUGUGGACUUGCGAGGACCAGUGAUAGCUACCUUGGACCACCUUUGGAUCACGAUUUUCUUUUCCUGGCGCACUUUUUGAAAUUUUCCCGGCUUCCUCACUUGUUUGACGGCUUGUCACUAUGCCGCCAAAAAAGAAGGGUAAGAAGAACAAAAACAAAACCGGUGGUGGUGGGAGCGGCACCAGCAGCGAAAAUGUCACGCCGAGGCACGUUCAAGGGGAGGGGAGCAGGGUAUAGUAUCUUUGGCAUGCAUGAUGAUCAUGAUGAUCUUCACACACAGGAUUUGCAUGUCAAGAAGUGUUUGUGUAGUACGCUAGGAAUAGGCUGUGGAACAGUCCAAAGUCUUUUGAGGAGCAGGAAGAUUUUUAUCGAACCUCGCCUGUCACACUACAGGUUGCCAGCUCGAACAGCAACUCGGCGCAGAACGGCACUCCCGCUGCAAUCAACCUGGUGAACCCACCGAGUCCACCACCACCAGCUGUAAUGCAGCUCUCACAGGGUGGUCGUGAUGAUGCCAGCGCGGACGGGGAUCUGUCCAGCAGCUACUUCCAAUUCAAGGCACAAAUGGACAAGUUCAAGGCGGGUAUUGCUUGUUGACAAAGAACAUGGGUUAAAAUGCUUUUUUCCUGUCAGUGGAUCUGGAUCCUCCAAUAUGGAGCUUCACUUCGACAAGCAUCAUCGAGGUGAUCAAAGCGAUCAGCUGCCUAUGAUGAAGCAAGUAGCCAUAUUAAUGAAGCAGGAAACAGGAUCAGACCAUCUAAACGACACAAAAAAAAUAUCAAGGUAUGCCCCCGGGCAGUUUGGCCGAGAUGGGCGGCGCGCCGAAAUCCUCAUCUGCGGACUUAUCUGCGAACCCAAAGUACAGCGAGGUUAACACCUUGAAGGAGCAAGGCAAUCAGAUGUGGAAGAUCGGCGUCCAGGAAAUUGCCUGCACGGCGUACUCCACAGCGAUAGAAAAAUUGCAGACGAUUGUCAGGAAGGAGAGCCCGGUAAUAAUAAUCGAUGAGUGUUGUGAAUGGGCUUGUGAAUGAUACGCAUGUGGUCGGGGGGCCAUGAAGUUCCUGGUGGUUCUCCCAUUCUUACCAUCAGAGAUGUCGGUCGAACGACAAUGAUGCGCAUUCGCAAGGCAACAUCAAAAAAUAUUUUUUUCAGGAUGGCGAGACCUACGACCCAACCCAGAUGGACCAGGAGGCCAAGACCCUGAUGUCCCGUCUCUUCUCGAACCGAUCGAAUUGCUUUUACCUCUUGGACCGCUUCGAGGACAGUCUGUCCGACGCCCAGGAGUCCUUCGCGAUCGAUCCGCUCUUCGCCAAAGCCUGGCUCCGUGCGGCGCAGGCGUGCGUCAAGCUAGUGAACUUCGACAAGUUCUUGCAGGGAGAAAAAUUAGCGGAAGGAGCCGUAGAUGCCGCCGACAAAAUGGCGCUUGCAACACCAUCCACUCUACUACCCACGAACGCGCUGAGUAGUUGUUCCAUGGACUCCGAAAUCGAGAAGAUAAAAACGCACGCGGACCUCGCCGCGCAGUACCUGCGCGAAGGCCUGCGGGUGGAGCCGGCAAACGGUACGUUGAAAAACGUGCUGGCCAAUUUGGAGGGCAAAGAGGUGCAGUUUAAACUGGCCAAGGGGUUCGGGAUAGCGGAUUUGAGUGUGGAGAACUACGCGGAGUGUGUAACGUGGCAGCAAGACCCCAUCGGCUACGUGUUCGCUCUGGAUGGAACCAUGCACAUGGUGGUGCCAGGGUAAGCCAUUAAGAUAGGCUUUUGCUCUUUCGUUCAGGCGCCUACGCCUUGAAACUCGCUUACAAGAACGUCUGUUUUGUGUCAAUGAAAAAAGCUCUUUGGACCAUGAUAAGCAUGAAUUAUGAUGCAACUACCCGAAGUGUGAAAAUCAAGAGUUUAUUCAGCAGAAUGAAUCCCAUGUACCACAGCAUAAAAACCCCCACGCCGGGCAAGUAUGAAGUGACGCCGAGCACGAGCAAAAUCAUCCUGCACGCCCCAGAUCCGCGAAUGCCAAAAGCAGAGUUUAAGUACGCCUUUCUGGACAAGGAUACUAAUAUACCAUCACCACUCGUCGGAACAAGCAGUACAACGGGCAGUAGUGCAACUAUUUUCAAGUUCAAUUUAAAGCUGGAAGCCCCCGGCAAGCCCGCGCUCCUGAUGAAACCCGUGUCCGCUACGUUCAAGGAGGCGAACUUCGCCGACACUAAGGAGUAACGUUUAUUUUGUGGGUUGUUCUACUGCCUUACAAACUGGUUUGACAAGCCCAUUUAUUUGUCAUGCUGUCUGGGAUCAAAAUAAAUGAAAAUCAAUUGCAUUGUUGAUGUCCGCCUUCCAUUCCGCAUUCUCGAACGAGCCUGUGACUUUUUCUCCAACUACCACUUGGCAAACAUGAUUAGGUUUUUCGCUGCGGUCGAUGCCUUCCUCCCAUCCGUCGAAAGGUUGAAAACGCUCAAGCCAGCAGAGGCGAAUGCCACGGAACUCAGCACAUACCUUUACCUGGUCACGAAGUGGGGACACGUAAGCUUUGGGUUGUUUUUGCGAACAUCGAUUCAAGCAUAUUGAACGGGAUUCGAUUGUUUUGCUUGCGAAAUAUUAUGCGGCCUCCAGUGGAGGAUCGAUUGAUCCAUGGAAAUUGCGCAACGCGUAGCGUUUCUGAAUUCAUAGAUGCAUCAACAUAUUACGAAACCAAAGUUCAUUAAGAUUGUAGAAGCUUUGCAAACAAAAAAAACAGCUCCGCGAGCGGUGUGGGGAAAACUACGAAAAGUUUCUCUCCGCGAUACGGCAAGAUAAAACUCGGGUGGGCGAAAAGUGGAAGAUUUUCGAGAGCAUAAAAGACAGCGGGCCGGGUCUCGACGACUUGAAGAGCGCGGCGCGGAAGCAGGAAGGAACAUCAGCGCCACAGCAGCUUUCUACUUCCACCUCCACUACGACCGCCAAAUUAGCUGGUGCUGCCGCACCUCCAAUAGAAAACACGUGCACGAUCGAAGAAGUCCUAUCAUCAGCUGCUCCGGAAGACGGAACCGCGAGCGCGGACACGUGCUGCGGGUCGAGUUCCUCCAAAACCGCCACCGCGCCUGGGUCCUCCCCAGAGGAUAGCUUGCCAGAGGAUACGACCGGCAACUCUUCCUCACUCGACGCGAAGAAAUUCCGCGCCAGCGAUUUAAUCAGCCGGUUUGCAGCGGAAUUGGAGCACGGGCGGGACGUCGUAUCGGCGACGCCGUCGACCGCGGCAGUGACCGCAACGGAUUCCCUGGUGACCAACACCUCCUCCCUGGCAAAGGAAGACGAACUAGGAACAACGGCAGCUGCGCAGAAUAACAUCAAGGACACGACUUGCGCAGCGGGAGCCUCUUGUUGCGCUGGAGGACCAGGACCCUCGACUACCACGUCGCAGAUGGGUGUCGUGCAAGAAGAUGGUGCUGUUGGCAAGAAGGUUGGGCUGUUGAAGAAACCGGCGCAGCUUGUAGUUCCUGAGGGAGAACAAACAAGUGAUGUAAAAGUGACACCGACCAGCUUUCAGAGUACUAGUCCAGCCGCCGCGAUCCGUCCAGCCUCGCAGGAACAAAUGGGCUGCUUGGCGAAGUUCACCCAGAUGCUGUGCGGUGGGCAGUGAGAAGGACGGCUGGUGGGGAACUUGUUCGAGACCUUGCUGACAACGAAAUCUGACGACAGACGUGAGGAAAUGAUAGAUUGAUGAAAUAUAUAUAUCACGACGCUACUACAUCCAAAUGACGAAUAAAACUACAUAUGGCGAUCAGAUGUUGACUGCGAGUAUGCAGGCAUUGAAAAAGUAAAAGUAUGCUCGGUGUACGUCCAAAGCGUAACCAGCACCAGCAGAAGAAUAAAUGAUGAAAUUUUCGAAUGUUGACUCUGAAGCGCACGAGUCUUCGUGAAUUUUUGCAGCUCUUGUUCUAGUACUCUGCCGUUGAGAUUUGGAUGUUGCAUGGCCACGAAAUCUGACACUGUAUUCAUUCUUGUGAGUGUUCUUUUUUUGCGUUCUUUUCCUUUGCGUUCUUCAAGAUAAAACUAAGUAUAGUAGCACGCUGCAUAAUUAAAAUUAAAGCAACGAACUUCGUCGGGAAAAA